AUGUUGCAGAUCGUCGACGACGAUAAUGCCUCUACAGCCAGCUUCGAGGAGGUUGGUGUCAGACGCGUACCGGAAGACAAUCAAGCCUUGGUUCUCAAAGAGAAAUCCAACAAGCCAACGGCAGACAUAGUCUACGUGUUGCAGUACCUAGGUUUCGGUGGCAAAGUUCUUGACAGCCAGGAGAGCGUCACUCCCUUCGACGAUAUACCCAAUUAUGGAAAAUCCAGUAAUGGAUCCCACAGCUCCAGUAUCAAGUCAAUUCUUGAGAUUGUGACCAAGGUGUCGACCAAUGUGAAGAUGUCCCAAGAUCCGCCUGGGCGUGGUCACGGCAGUUAUUACGAUUCGUCAUCUUCGGAAAGCGAAGACGAGAGUGUCGCGAAAUCUGCCAGGGUCAUACGAACAUACAUGAUCAUUCACUCGGAAUAUCUCAUCAAUGCCCUCAGGGCAGUCGUGGCUUACUAUCCCAAUAUCGACUUGCUUGAAGACAAAGUCACCAUCGAAGCCCCCUACCGUGUCAUUGUACACCAUCGCGAGGCUCUGAAAAGGUACCGCUACCACCAGCCCGGCACCCAUUCCUCAGAGUACGCUCGCUUGACAGCGGAGCAUGUGGAUGUCCUCCUCCAAUUUAUCGAGCAGACGGUGGGAGAGUCCAUCCGCAAAGAGCAAGAGAGACACCAACGGAGCGUCCCAGUGGCCACUUUCGACAACUACUGGAUGGCUCUGAAGCCUGGCGAGGUCGUGUACGUCAAGAAGAACGAUCUUUGGGAGGCGCACGUCCUUAGUAAGGUGUUCCAGGAUGUCGAAAUGGACGGGCGUAGCCGUCAGCUACGAGUCGUUUCUUGGUUCCUAGAGUUCGGCCAUAAUCGAAUCAUGCGAACAAUGGACCAAACGUUCAUCCGUUCGUGGAACGGCGAGCAGGUCGUACAAUCGCUCAGCGUCAUACCUGCGAGCUUGUUCCCAGGCGACCCUGAAGCCAUGCUGGAGAAGCAGGUCAGGUUGGGAAAGUUUUACUGGGAACUUCUGCAGCGACCGACGUACAUGGAAUACGACGGCUUGCUUGUGCAGGCACACUCAAGAGGCCACGGGGGACCUGUUUCCCGCGGACCCUCAGGCUAUAUGACUGGACGAGUGAUCUGUGACGCUGAGGGACACGAGAGACUGAGCAUGGGUGCCCCAGAGAACCGAUUCGCUCCUCCGCCACCUCUAGGCAGGCCGCCAGGGAUGGUGCCGCAAGCGCCCCCGCCGGGACGAGACCACCUGCCUCACUUCCUUCCACGCUGCGGCUGCGAGGGGUGUGAUAGCGAGACCGACCGUAUAGACGUCUCGCCAUUUGCCGACUUGGACAGCAUCAAACUCCAGGGUUCGCCGGCUCCGAUCAAUGAUAUCUUCUACAUCACGUGCACCAAGGUCAUCCCGGGCUUUCUUCUCGGCGACCGACGCUGGGGGCAUCUGAAUCUCGAGUACCUGAAACCCGUGGUCACCGACCGCGAGGCGUUCAAGUACCUCGUCCUCGACGAAGAGAUCAAGAUGACUGUCAAGGCGCUCAUCGGAAAGUUCGCCGCGGCCGAUUCCGGCAGGGUGACACCCUGGGCCAACGAUUUCGUCAGGAACAAGGGCGAGGGUCGCAUAUUCCUCCUCCACGGCGCGCCGGGCGUCGGCAAGACGUGCACCGCCGAGUGCGUCGCCGAGCUGACCAACCGGCCGCUCAUCUCCCUGACGUCGGGCGACCUCAGCGUCAACUCGCACAGCGUCGAGAACAACCUGUCCUACUUCCUCGAGCUGGGCCGGCGCUUCGGCGCCCUCGUCCUCCUCGACGAGGCCGACGUCUACCUCGAGCGCCGCCGCGCCAAGGACAUUGCGCGCAACGGCCUCGUCUCCGUCUUCCUCCGCGCGCUCGAGUACUACCGCGGCGUGCUCUUCCUGACGACGAACCGCGUGCAGGCCUUCGACGCGGCCUUCACGUCGCGCAUCCACGUCGCGCUGCACUACAAGAACCUGACGGACGUCGACCGCGAGCGCAUCUGGGCCAACAACUUUGAGCGCCUGGACAGGGACUCGAACGGGCGCGUGCGCGUCGCCGUCUCCACGAGGGAGUACGCCUACGACUCGCGCGACGUCCGCGCUCUGCGCUGGAACGGGCGCGAGAUCCGGAACGCGCUGCAGACCGCGCUGGCCCUCGCCGAGAGCGACACCGCCGACGAGGGGAUCGAGCGGGUCUGCAUCACGGAGAAGCACCUGCGGGCCGUAGUCAAGAUGAGCCGUGGCUUCAGGGACUAUCUGCGCAGCGGCAACGUCUACGACGGGGAUAGCGACGAGGCCGGGGAGAGCGAGGGCGAGGACGAUGAGAUUUUCUCCGACUAA